UUUUAAAUUUCCGUAAUUGAUUAUCCUUUUUUCUUACAUUUUCCUUUAAGUUCAACAAACCGUCAGCUCUCUCUCGAUCACGUUAACAUCACACGCAAUCUCGGCCCCCAAAGCUCUCUCUCUCUCUCUCUCUCUCUGUAAUUUCAGGGGCUGUUUUAAGUUUUUCCGGUGACCAAGCGAGAAGGAGAGAGAAGAGGAGAAUCAGAAAACCAUGGGGACUGAGAAUUCUAGCUCGGCGGGGGUGGAGAUAUCAGAGCCGUUACUUCUGGAUACGGAGAAGAUCAGGGCCGUUGAUGAUGAUAAGGAGCUGAUACCGGAAUGGAAGGACCAGAUCACGAUCAGAGGGCUGGUGGUGAGCGUCUUGCUUGGCUCUCUUUUCUGCAUCAUCACACACAAGCUCAAUCUCACGGUUGGAAUUAUCCCUUCCCUCAACGUUGCUGCUGGAUUGCUCGGAUUCUUCUUCGUCAAAUCCUGGACAGGGUUCCUGUCGAAGCUGGGAUUUUCCCUAAAACCUUUCACCAAACAGGAGAACACCGUUAUUCAAACUUGCGUUGUUGCCUGCUAUGGUCUUGCCUUUAGCGGUGGGUUUGGUUCAUAUUUGAUUGCAAUGGAUGAGAAAACAUAUAGGCUCAUUGGUGUUGAUUAUCCUGGUAACCGAGCUGAAGAUGUAAAGAAUCCGGGUUUGUGGUGGAUGACUGGAUUUCUAUUUGUUGUCAGCUUCCUUGGCCUCUUUAGCCUUGUUCCAUUACGUAAGGUAAUGGUCAUGGAUUAUAAACUUACAUAUCCCAGUGGGACAGCAACUGCAAUGUUGAUAAACAGCUUUCACACCAACACUGGAGCUGAGCUUGCAAGGAAGCAAGUCCGUUGCCUUGGAAAAUAUUUGAGCAUUAGUUUUUGCUGGAGCUGCUUUAAGUGGUUCUUCAGUGGUAUUGGAGAUUCAUGCGGAUUUGAUAAUUUUCCGACUCUUGGUCUGAUACUAUUCAAGAACACGUUUUACUUUGACUUCAGUCCUACUUAUGUUGGAUGUGGUCUUAUAUGCCCACACAUAGUUAACUGCUCAGUUCUUCUUGGGGCUAUCAUAUCUUGGGGCUUCUUGUGGCCAUUCAUUUCACUGCAUGCAGGGGACUGGUAUCCGGCUAACCUUGAAAGCAAUGAUUUUAAAGGUCUUUAUGGGUACAAGGUCUUUAUAGCCAUUUCUCUUAUCCUUGGGGAUGGUCUUUAUAAUCUCAUCAAGAUAAUAGCUAUAACUGUGAAGGAAAUCUGCAACAAAAGGACAAAACAGGGGAGCCUUCCUAUUGUAAGCGAGGUCCUAGCUGAUAGCGAGACUUCGGAAUUGCUAAUGGAACAGAAGAAAAGAGAUGAGGUAUUCCUUAAGGACAAGAUACCAUCUUGGUUUGCAGCUUCUGGAUAUGUUGCCCUGGCUGCCAUUUCAAUAGCAACAAUCCCAAUGAUCUUUCCACCUCUCAAGUGGUAUCUGGUUCUCAGUUCAUAUUUCAUUGCCCCUGCUCUUGCCUUCUGUAACUCUUAUGGCACUGGGCUUACGGACUGGAGUUUGGCUUCAACCUACGGAAAGAUUGGUCUUUUCAUCAUAGCUUCCUUAGUUGGAAAAGACGGUGGUGUUCUGGCUGGUUUAGCAGCCUGUGGGGUUAUGAUGUCCAUUGUCUCAACUGCAGCUGAUCUCAUGCAGGAUUUCAAGACUGGUUACCUCACAUUUUCGUCAGCCAAGUCCAUGUUUGUUAGCCAGAUAGUGGGAACAGCUAUGGGGUGUGUUAUUGCUCCACUCACGUUUUGGCUGUUCUGGACUGCUUUUGAUAUUGGGUCACCUGAUGGUCCAUAUAAAGCACCAUAUGCUGUGAUAUUCAGGGAAAUGGCAAUUUUAGGUGUUGAGGGCUUCUCAGAAUUGCCAAAGCAUUGCCUGGCUAUUUGUUGUGGGUUCUUCGUGGCUGCUUUGGUCAUUAACCUGCUGAGGGAUGUGACCCCAACAAAGAUCUCUCAGUUUAUUCCCAUUCCAAUGGCAAUGGCUGUUCCGUUCUAUAUUGGAGCUUACUUUGCAAUCGACAUGUUUGUUGGGACUGUAAUAUUGUAUAUAUGGGAGCGAACCAACAGGAAACACGCAGAAGACUAUGCAGGUGCUGUUGCUUCAGGUUUAAUAUGCGGUGAUGGGAUCUGGACGAUUCCAUCGGCUAUCCUUUCUAUUUUCAGGAUCAAUCCGCCCAUCUGCAUGUACUUUGGACCUUCUGUGAGUAGCUGAGCGCAGAGAUUGCGGGUUGUGCUACAUUUCAAUGAUCUAUGCAUUUAUCGGGAUUCUGUAAAUAUGUAACCUAUGCAUGGAAAAGAAUCGUUCUUUUAACUCAAAUUGUUUUUUAAUGAAAAACUAAAUCUGGGAAUAAUUAGCAGGGAACUUACAUGUGGAAUCCAUGUAAAUGGGUUUUAGUAUUCCAAUUGAGUUUUUACAACAAGGCUGGAAGUCUGAGAUAUUUAAAA